AUGAAGGCCAUCUUGAGCUCGCUCCUCCUGCUCGUCUCCGUCGCCAGUGCCCUCGUCCUCGACACCCCGUCGGGCUGGAGGUCUGGGCAGACGGUCACGGAGCACUGGCAGACUCAGCCCGGCGACGCGGCGACGUUCAACCUGGAGCUGGCGAACAACCAGAACAACCACCAGUGGGACGUCGACAACAACGUGCGCACCGCCGACGAGGCUGCUACGUUCCGCCUUCCCAAUGUGCCUGCUGGCCGUUACAACUUGAGGGCCGUUAACACCAACAACGAGAAUCAGGUGUACGCUCAGUCCGGCUGGUUCAACAUCGCUCAGUGA